AUGGAAGACAAUAAUGCACAAAACGCUCAGAACCUGCCCAUCACCUGCGCAAACGGAUGCGGCUUCUACGGAAACCCCAUAAACAACAACAUGUGCUCAAAGUGCUUCAAGGAAUUGAACCAAAAGAACAACGCAUCUCAGGCUGCAGCCUCCGCCACUGUGACCACUUCGGGAUUCACGGGAAAGCUCGCCCAGCCUUCUCAGGCACCCGCUCCUUCGGUUCUCUCGACACCCCCUACUUCUUCCUCAUCUGACGCAUCCACACCUGUCCAGGCACCUGUACCGACAGUCGCUUCCAAUUCUGCCAAUGCAGUCGCCUCGCCCAUCAUCCCAGCCUCUUCGACUCCUACACCCUCUUCAGGCAGCGGUGUCAGCACGCCUACUUCGAUUGCCUCGGAUGCUUUGGAGGGUCUCGCACCGGGUGAGCGUCCACCUCAAGUAAACAAGGGCCGCUGCUACAUGUGCCGUGCCAAGAUCCCUCUUGCAAAGCAGACAAUUAACAAGUGCCGAUGUGAUUUCGUCUUCUGCGAUUCACACAAGGACACGUCGAAGCACGACUGUGACUUUGACUUUGCAAAGAUGGGCAAGGAGAUGUUGACGAAAAACAACCCCAAGUUGAACGACAAGCCACGAGGAGGUCGCAGCUUCACUCGAAUCCAGGAAUAA